AUGGCGGCAGCCGUGAAAGGCUUGAUUUCGAUAUGUAUUGUCGUUAUCAUUCUCGUUAGUUCGUGGUUAAUAGCUGUCUUGAUUAAUUAUUAUGGAGGUCAAGGCAAAGAGUUGAAAUUCCGAAAGUCUGCUGAGGGGGAUCCUUUUCCUGGGGAGAAAUUAGAAAAUAUCUUUUGGUUUCUCCAGAUUUCAGAUUUGCAUAUCAGUAAGUUCUACGAACCAAGUCGUGUGAAAGAUUUACAGUAUUUCUGUGAGGAUGUCGUAGAUACUAUCAGCCCAGCUGUUGUCAUGGUCACAGGAGAUCUUACAGAUGCUAAGAACAGUGAUAAACUUGGCUCACAACAGUAUGAAGAAGAAUGGAAAGCAUAUUACUCUGUUAUCAAGAAAACUGGUGUAGAAUACAAAACCAAGUGGCUUGAUWUAAGAGGCAAUCAUGAUGCAUUUAAUGUUCAAUCAAUACAUAGUAAGAAGAAUUACUUCAGAUAUUUUUCAUCAAGUGGUCAGGACAGUUCAAGAGGUUCAUUAUCAUAUCAGUAUAUCUACAAAACCGRCUAUGGAGAAUAUGCUUUCAAUGCCAUUGAUACAUGUCCUGAUCCGGGUCCAAAAAGACCUUUCAACUUCUUUGGACACAUUGCAAAGGAACGUGUUGAGGAAAUGAAACAACUUGCAGAGAAAAGCAAGAAGUACAACAUGACAAUGUGGUUCAGCCACUACCCAUUCUCGGUGCUAACGUCUCCUUCGUUACGGAGAGAUUUGCUSAGAUAUGGUUCUGUUUAUUUUUGUGGUCAUCUCCAUACCUUGGGUGAAGURGUACCCACCAUGCAUGCUGUUCAUCAAGAUGGUCAUCUAGAGUUGGAACUCGGUGAUUGGCUGUGGCAUAGAAAUUUUAGGGUAGCUGCUGUCGAUCACGACUUGUUUUCUUUUGUGGAUGUCCGUAUGAAUGAGUGGCCCAUAAUUCUGAUCACAAACCCRAAGGACGCGCAUUAUUUAAUCCCAGCAUUUGAACCGAUUGAGAGGAUCAACAGAUCUACGCAUGUCAGAGUUCUUGUUUUCUCACUAUCGCGCAUCGAGUCUGUGUCGAUCAGCAUUAAUGACACUCCAUUAGAAUCGCCUGUGACUCACGUAAAGGGUCCCUUGUAUGUUUGCAAGUGGGAGCCUGAUCUCUAUCAGAAUGGACUACACACAAUCACUGUUGAAGCUUCGGAUAUUAAAGGACGUCGAAGCAUAAAAUCUCAGAACUUCUCUCUCGAUGGAACAAGACCACUUCUUGAUUUACUACCAGCCRUAAUUCUACUCACUGAUUUCUGUUUAUUGGGCCGCGUAGUGUUUUAUUUGACAGCAAUUUUCAUUGUUCUUGGUCUUUGGGCCAUACGUCAACUUGCCCCCAACGAAGCUUCAACUGGUUGUUCCCGAAGCUUUCUCAGCCGAUGGUUUUAUCAUCUUGUCAGGGUGGCCAGAACCAACCAUCUGUUUUAUCCUCUAUACACCUACGGCGUGUACAUUGUUGUGGGUCCUUGGUUUAUAGGCGAGGUUAUCUCUGGUCACGUGGGCUGUAUGUUUGUGUUUGGUUUGUAUACUUAUGGCAGUUUUAUACCUGGUAGUUUGACCUUCUAUUAUGGCAUUAUACAGUUGUUGCUGUUCAAUCUACCUUUGACAAUUUGUCUAGCGAUCUACAUCAGUUCACGAACAAGUCAAGUUCACGUGGCACGACGAACUUCCGGUCAGUCCAACUUAUCUUCCCCGCGCAGGUCUUAUUUUUCAUCGUUUUGUCGGAUGACUACUCAUUUAGUGUACAGUGUUCUAGUAUUGUUUCAAUUGUGGUCAAGUUACGGUAUUUAUAGGGCAUAUGGAUUUAUGGCUUUUGCUCUAUGUCCUGUAAAGACGUGGUCUUUGGUCCUUGCGGGAUACCUGUGGUAUAAAGCCAACUAUUGAGAGCUUUGUCAUUGUUUUCCGCUGGCGGGGGGCAACGCGGACUCUGUGUUCAGGAAUAAGACUGAUAGCAGAUCUGAGCUUAAAACAUAUUUACAAUGUAGAAAAUGUUUUUAUACAUAAUCUCGCGAAAUUAAUGGUGA